AGAAUGAUCUGUAUUCCAGAUACAAGCAUCUUGCUGGAAGUUUUAUUCUGCUACAUUCCCAAAAGAAUAAAGAAUCAUGUUUGAAGGUGUAGUAGCAACAUUUCUAAACCGCUAUCUAGGCAAAUACAUUCAAGAUCUAGAUAUUGAAAAUCUGAAUAUUGGAAUUUUCCAAGGAGAUGUACAACUUACAGAUCUUAGACUUAAGCCAGAAGCUUUGUAUGAACUGGAUUUACCCAUUGAGGUGAAAGUAGGAAUCAUAGGCAAGAUUUCAUUGAAUAUUCCGUGGUCUGGAUUAUACUCUCAGUCAGUUGUUGUCUCAAUAGAGGAUGUUUAUAUCAUUGCUGGACCUACAACUGAUAGAAAAUAUGAUUCAGAAUUGGAAAAAAGAUUAAUAAGAGCAGCAAAGAGGAAGAAAUUGGAAGCUUUAGAAGGAGAGAAACUAUUUGGAACUGGACCUUCAGACUCAAAGACAUUUAUUGAAAAUCUUGUUGCUACAAUAAUUAAUAAUCUUCAAGUAUUUAUUAGGAAUGUUCACAUACGGUAUGAAGAUUGUGUUACUAAUAAAACUUCUCCUAUUUCCUGUGGUGUUUGCAUUCAAAGUAUAUCAGCUGAAAGCACUAACAGCAAAUGGAAACCAGCAAUAACUCCUCAAGGUGCAGCAUCAUUUUAUCAGUUAUUACGUGUGGAAUCUUUCUCUCUCUACUGGAACCCAACAUGCAGUACUGGUGGCUUAAUUACCCAUCUUGUGGAGUUAGAUGGAGCACCUUAUCCAUGGCGAAAUCUUAUGAAGCGAGGGCUGGAGACAUUUAGUGUCAAUCAAGAAGAUUUUGAUUUC